AGCUGGGGCUGAGCCGCGUGCGCUGCGCAUCCUGCGGUUCCUGCGUGGUCACCGCGGCUCGGAGCACCCGAUCCGCUGGCGCGCGUGUCUGACAGCAAAGGCGAAGGCCGUGCUCUCGUCGCCGGACACCCCCUCUUCGCACGAUGAGCCCCGAGCCGGCACCCCAGCCUCCGGAGCCCCAGGGCGUGCGCUGCAGCCUCGAGGAGCAGGAGCUCUCGGCUGAGAGCCUGGUGGAGGAAGCCGAGGCCUCCCUCAUCAAAGAGUACCAGGCGGCGGCCGAGCUCCUCCGCUCGCUGAUGGCCGGCCUGGCGCAGCCGGACCGUGCCCUGUGCCUGCACCUUGGGGAAACGCUGGCUCGCGCCGGCCUCCUCCCCGAUGCCAUCGGCGCCUUCCGCGGGGCCGCCCUGCUCGGCCCCCUGAAGCCCGAGGAGCUGGAUGAGCUGGCGAGAGGCCUGGCGCGCGCCCAAGGCCUGCACAAGAAGCGGCUGCCGGAGGUGGCAAGGUCCGGUUGCGCGGCUGGCUCCCCGGGGCCGGUGGCGCCCCGCGACCUGCUGGGCUGUCCGCGCUGCAGGCGGCUGCUCUACAAGCCCGUGACGCUGGCCAGCGGGCUCACGGUGUGCAAGCGCUGCGUGGAGCUGGUUCCCGGGCGGCCGCAGGCCCGGCGCGUGAACGUGAUGCUGAGCGGGCUGCUGGAGAGAUGCUUCCCCGCGGAAUGUCGGCUGCGCAGGAUGGCGUGUCAGGCGCGGGGGCUUCAACGCCAGCAGCAGACCGAGGCCGCGCUGCUCAGGUGCCAGCAGGCCCUGGACAUGGCCCCCAAUGACAGCUCACUCCUGCUUCUGCGAGCUGAGAUAUAUCUAACCACAAAGAACUAUGAGCAAGCCCUGCAGGAUGCCGAUACGGUCUGUCAGAGGGAGCCUCUCCUGACUAAGGGGCACCGUAUAAAAGCUCAGAUUCUUUCUGGAUUGGGAAGAAGCAAAGAAGGGCUGAAGGAAUUUAUCUACUGCCUUGCUUUAAAUCCUGGAUGUAAGUCAGCAAGGAAAGAAACACAGAAGGUAAUAUGUGAGGUGUUCUUUUCAGCUUCAGAAAGUGAGCAUCAGAAUUCGACAGCUUCUACCCAAAGUGGACCAGAGGCCCACUGUGAUGGCCAGAUGAAUCCCCAGUGUCCUGUGGAAGAAGGCAGGAACGCUAAUACGGGCAGUCCUGAGAAUCCAUCUGAGAAGUCUGAUGCAGUCAAGAAGGAAAUCGGUUCUUCGGUUUUGUAUUUUAUUAUGGGCCUACACCGUGAAGAGGACAAAAAGGCUUUGGAAAGUGUCUUUCCAGCAGCACCGAACAGCACUUUAAAGAGACAGCUCCCAAGUGACACAGAAGAUGAGUGUGACGGGAACACCCCCGAGAAAGUUCCCAAGAAAGAUGUGGAUUCCUCACCUCAGGGGAACAUGAACUCUCUGGAGGAGCCAGAGUUCACGAUUGACCUGGCUGACUUUGAGUGUGCUCUGUGUAUGAGGUUGCUCUUUGAACCUGUCACUACGCCCUGCGGACACACAUUUUGCCUGAAAUGCCUCGAGCGCUGCCUUGACCAUGCUCCGCACUGCCCACUGUGCAAAGACAAGCUUUCAGAAUUGUUGGCAACCAGAAACUUUAAUGUGACUGUUCUGGCUGAAGAACUGAUACUCCGGUACUUACCAGAUGAGCUGUCUGAAAGGAAGAGGAUUCACGAUGAAGAAAUGUUGGAACUAUCGGAUCUGACCCGAGAUGUGCCCAUCUUUGUGUGUGCCAUGGCCUUCCCCACGGUUUCCUGCCCUCUCCAUGUCUUUGAGCCCCGCUAUCGGCUCAUGAUAAGAAGAUGCAUGGAAACCGGCACCAAGCGAUUUGGCAUGUGUUUGUCUUCAGAGAAUGCAGGGAUUUCGGAGUACGGCUGCAUGCUGGAGAUAAAGGACAUCAGGACUUUCCCUGAUGGAAGCUCCAUUGUGGAUGCAGUUGGGAUUAGCCGCUUCAGAGUGCUCAGCCACCGCCACAGGGACGGCUAUAACACCGCGGACAUCGAGUACCUGGAAGACGAGAAGGUGGAAGGCCCAGAGUAUGAAGAACUCACCGCCCUCCAUGAGUCAGUGUACCAGGAGGUUGUUUCCUGGCUUGCUUCUCUCCAGGAUCACAUGAAAAAGAAAAUCCUAAACCUUUUUGGGUCGAUGCCAGACAGGGAGCCUGAGCCGCAGAGCAGCUCUAUCGGCCCCGCCUGGUCCUGGUGGAUUCUGGCCGUGUUGCCUUUGGAACGCAAGGCUCAGAUGGCCGUUCUCGGCAUGGCCUCCCUGAAAGAGCGGCUGCUUGCCAUUCGGCGAAUCCUAGCCAUCAUUACCCAAAAGAUGAACAGUCGCCAAGAGAUGGCCAACAACGCACAGGGAGAUAACUGAGUUUCCUCUGUGUCAAGGUUGCUGGAAGCCCCUGUGUGUUUCUGAGUUCCAGGUGGGGACAGGUGCCCCUCCUCCUCACUGCUCUUUGUAAAAUGCUUGUCAGUAAUGUGAUAAAUGAGACAGACGCCAAAUACCAGUUAUCUUACACAUUCAUAGUCUGCCUGCGGGACUCUGGCACUGUUCAAGGUUAGUCUGAACCCCCAGUGGAAGGUACAGUGGGGAGCCCCGUGAGAAAACCUCUUCAGAGCAGGCAUUUCAAGAGUCCAGCCCACUACCAGCAUUGGACACACACACGGUUGACAUGUGAUGUAGGUGUUGAAGCUGAUGACAUUUCUAGUCAGUGUCUUGAGAUGAUAGAUGGAGAAUGUGUGUGCCAGUGGCCAGGCAGUGAGUGAGAGCCACGUUUUCCACUGGAAACAGGUCUAUUGAAUUCAAGCACGCCAAAAAUGGACUUGGGCUCUGUUAGCUGCAGUGAACUCAUUUGCAAAAAUUAAGUAAGUGAAUCAUUGUCCAGUCUUUCCCCCACGAAGUCAUAAUUACUGGACAGAGCUGUGUUCGUGUUUCAUGUCCUGCUAUAAUUCCAGGUGUUAUAAAUUGCAUGUCGUAAUUAAAUGAGUGUUACAAAUGUAAUAUGUAUCUUGUGUAUAGAAAAGACUGAGAAUAACAGCUAUUUUGUGACUAUAUAUUUAUAAACACCCCGAAAGUGUAAUCAAAAUGCAUUGAAACUGUAUGUGCAUUGGAAUGUCAAACACACAGCCAAACUUGUUUUCUAAGCAAAGUUUUAUGUGUACUCAACUGGGAAUUUCCCGUCUGAUAAUGCUAGGUGUAAUUCCCGACCUCCAGCACAGUUUGGGAAUAUGGAUUGGAAUACCCAGACAUUACUGCUGUGCUGAGCUGGCUGCUUAGUCUGUAAGGUGAGCAUCCUGACAGACAAGACCCUGCUGAGCAAAUCCCAGUGACGAGUUCUGAUUCUGCUUCACUCAUUCAAAGGGUGGGGUUUUGGUUGGUUUUUUUGUUUGUUUGUUUGUUUGGUUGGUUGGUUUUUUUUAAAAACUAUAUUUUAUGUUGUGAAAUCUUGAUGGUUUAUCAAACCCAUCAAGCAUUUUAUUAGGAAGGCCUUAUGAUUGCAGUGUUAAUGUAUUUUAUUGUGCUUGCCAAUAACUGAAAUUCAACUUCACCGUGGGACUUAGAAUACAACACCCAUCUCGUUUACUAUGAAUCUUCUCGGGGAAUCUGGUUGUCAGAAUGUUUCAUUAGCACAGCCUAAUGAAGUUAAAGGGCCGCCACUGCACUCAGCCAAGCUUAGGACAUGCUCUCUAAAUUGUACCCGGGUCUGAAUUUACAAACAAGUGAAUGACGAAUGUCAUUGAGAGAAACAGUAGAUGCUCCAGGUUCUCUACAGAUGAGAGGCCCAUUGCCUAGGUCGUAGGGGGUGGGGGAGCACUCAAGUCAGGCAUGGAGGUGAUACGUGAGUUCUGUUGCAUGGGCUAAGGCUUUAACCAGUGGCGACUUGUAAUAGCCUCAGACAACAGGAGACCCUCCGCUACCCUAGAUGUGCAAAACCUGUUUGCAGAAUUGCAGACAGUCCCAAAGCUCAUGUUUUAGCUGUGUAGCUGAACUUUGGAAAAGCAGUUAAUAGGUAGGCUGUAAAGCUGCAUGCUCACAGCUCAUCCAUUUACGCUGCACCAUGUUGGCAGCUGAUUUUGUACUCGUGAAGUGAUUGUUACCAACUGUGACUUGUGUGUGAUUUAUUUCAGAACAGGUUUGAAUGAGUGAAGUCCAUAUCAAUGAACGUCAAGACUUUUGCCUCUUUACAGAUCAGUAGUGAAAUAUUCACAUAAUAUGGAAUAUUCACCCAGCUUCUCUCUUGUUUCUUGUUUGAGACGGGGGCAAAGAUGUGUUAGUACUUUUCUUACACAAGGCCAGUUUUAAAUGUUGUAAUGUUUACCGCAUUGUGUUCUUUGCCUGUUCAUUUUAAUUAAUUGAAAUUGUGUAUCUAAUAUGUGAUAGUUGGGAUAGAUAAAACGUACAAUGUUGUAACAGUUCUUUAGUAAAUAAUCCCUCCCAGAUAACGAGGUAACUGCUAGAUUGUGCAAGAUAUUAAAUUAGCUUUCUGGUGUGGUCCUAACAAACCGCCAGAGACUUCUGGCUGAAAACAUGAGAAAUACAUGAUUCCACAAUCGUAGAAGUUAGAAGAUGAAGAUCAAGGUGGUGGUUGGAGCCAUGCAUCCUGUGAGUUUCUGGGAAAAUUUCCCUUGCAUCUUCCAGCCGUCCCCCAUGUGCCCUGGCUCUUUGAUAAACAUCUAGGACUACAGUUCAUUAGUGUGUGGCCUUCUGCUUGCUAUGUGCUCGCUCCUACGGCCUUCUCCUUACAGAGCAAGCCCUCUGACUUGAUCCCAUCUGCAAAACAGCGGUGUUUUCAGAUAAGGCCGCUGUGUUGGUUGUGUGUGUUUGUGUUUGUUGGCUUGUUUUAUAAAUACGACACAAGCUACAGUCAUCUGAGAAGAGGGAACCUCAGUUUUCUUAAUGGCCACAUGAAAAUGCCCUGUGGGCAAGCAAACUGAUGUUUGAUAUGGGAAAACCUGAUCUGGUGGUGGUGGUGCCACCCCUGGGCAGGUGGUCUUGGGGAUAUAAGAAACCCAGCUAAGCAAGUCAUGGGGAGCAAGCCAGUGAGCAGCAUUCCUGCAUGGUUUCUGCUUCAGCUUCUGCCUCUAGGUUCCUGCUCUCGCUUCCCUCAGUGAUAGACUGUAACCUGUAAGCCAAAUAAACCCUUCUG